AUGUCCUCCGAUAGCCCACCCUGGUUCGUGAUAUCCCCGGACGGGAGCAUCGAUGCGCUCGCAGUCCCAGAGCGCCUACUGCGCCACCCAGAGCUGCUGCAACGGGGAAUCACUCCAUGCGCGCCCUUGCAUAAAAUUGGGGUUGUUUAUCGCACCGAUGACCUGGCGGGGGGCCCAGUACACGUCAUCAAAAUCCUCGACCCUAGCACGGAGGAGGUCGCCAUCCAUGAACGCCUGCUUCGCGAAAUCAAGCGCCCAAACAACUACACAAUCCCAUCCGAACUUACCGCUACGGGUCACCCGUUGUUGAUAAUGCCAAUGCUUGGCGACGUAAUUUUUAUGCGUGAGGAAGUUUGGUGUCCGCGUAUUCUCCUGGACAUCAUCUUCCAGUUGGUUGAGGGCGCGGACUUCCUUCACAGCUUGCACAUCGUCCAUAUGGACAUGUGCCCUGAUAAUGUACUUGGAGCGAGCUCCCGCCAUGCCGCCACGUACGAGGGGAUUGUCGCACAUAGACUCUACAUCAUCGACUUCAACACGUCCAGGCAAUUCGCUUUAGGACCCGGCAUUCAGGGUGCAAUCACGCUCCCGGAAGCCCAGGUUGAUCCACCCAACGGUUUACAACACUUCGAUCCUUACUCAUGGGAUGUGUACUGUGCUGGGCGCACGCUUGAGAGGCUCGUGCAGCAACGCUUCACUCGCGUACCUAAGCCGCCGCAUUGGGUCGCUCAAAAAUACAUCCAAUGGCUCAUUGGGGACGAGCGAGGCUGCUACGGCGUGUGUCACUGCCGUCCGACGGCGCGCGCCGCGUUGAAGGUCGUGCUCGUUCUCCGAUGGGCCGUUGAUGCGCCAAAAGGCUAUGAAUGGGUCUUUGAUACGCUUUCCGGGCUGUGGCCAAGCGACAAGGAAGAGUAA